ACCAAGACGAGGCUGGGCGGCAUUCCUCACCAGGUAACAAACCAGCCACAGGUAGAAAAUGUGCUUCUCACAAACUGCGGCGUUUCUAGGAUAACAGCAACGAUUAGAGUGAAGUAAAUCAGCCAGACAGCGGACUGAAAAACCAGGGAAGAACUAGAAGCGAAAGAAAUUUUCUACGUGCAAUAGAACGGCAGAAAACCACCUGCCAAGAUGAUGCUCUCACGAGCCAAGCCGGCCACUGGACCAGCGGCCUCCAGUCCUGCUAAGGAGUCCAGCAAGAAGAAGAAGAAACUGCCCAAACUGGAGGACUACCUGACCAACAGGGACUACACUGGGGCCAUCACACUUCUCGAGUUUAACAGAUCGAGUGGUAAGGGAAGUGAAGAGGUGGACAUGUGGAUAGCCUACUGUGCCUUUCACCUGGGAGAGUACAAAAGAGCCAUGGAAGAGUACCAGUCCAUGACGAAGCGAGACGGGUGCCACCCUGACGUCUGGGUGAACCUGGCCUGCUGUGACUUCUUCCUGGGCAUGUACAAGGAGGCAGACGAGGCCGCGCAGAAAUCCCCCAAAAGCCGCCUGCAGAACCGCCUGCUCUUCCAUCUCUCACACAAGGUGAGCCAGAAUUCCGACUUUAAUGAUGAGAAGAGACUGAUGCAGUACCACCAGAACCUGCAGGAUAUCAUCGAGGACCAGCUCAGUCUGGCCUCCAUCCACUACCUCCGCUCACACUACCAGGAGGCGAUAGACAUCUACAAGAGGAUUCUCCUAGAUAACAGGGACUACCUGGCCCUGAAUGUGUAUGUGGCCCUGUGUUACUACAAGUUGGACUACUAUGACGUAUCCCAGGAGGUGUUAGCUGUGUACCUACAGCACUACCCUGACAGCGCCAUCGCUAUCAACCUCAAGGCCUGCAACCACUUCAGACUCUACAACGGCAAGGCUGCUGAGCAAGAGCUGAAGACCCUGCAGGAGAUGGCCUCCCCCUCCUUCACCUUUGCUAAGGAGUUGAUCAAGCACAACCUGGUGGUGUUCCGGGGCGGGGAGGGGGCCCUGCAGGUCCUCCCGCCCCUGAUAGAUGUCAUCCCUGAGGCACGACUCAACCUCGUCAUCUACUAUCUCAGACAAGAUGACGUAUCUGAAGCCUAUAACCUGAUCAAGGACCUGGAGCCAACCACGCCGCAGGAGUACAUCCUGAAGGGCGUGGUUAACGCCGCCCUCGGACAGGAGACGGGAUCGCGGGAACACCUGAAGAUCGCCCAGCAGUACUUCCAGCUGGUGGGAGGGUCUGCCAGCGAGUGUGACACCAUCCCUGGCAGGCAGUGCAUGGCGUCAUGUUUCUUCCUACUCAAACAGUUUGAGGAUGUGCUGAUCUAUUUUAACUCAAUCAAGAGCUACUUCUACAACGACGACACGUUCAACUUCAACUACACGCAGGCGAAGGCCGCCGUGGGAAACUUCAAGGAGGCAGAAGAGGUGGCCCUGCUUGUGCAGAACGAGAAGCUGAAGAAUGACUACACCUAUCUCAGCUGGCUGGCUCGCAUCUACAUCAUGAACAACAAGGCCCGGCUUGCCUGGGAGUUGUACCUGAAGAUGGAGACUUCAGGAGAAUCCUUCAGUCUCCUGCAGCUGAUAGCUAAUGACUGUUACAAGAUGGGACAGUUCUACUACGCAGCAAAGGCGUUUGAUGUACUGGAGCGACUGGACCCGAACCCUGAGUACUGGGAAGGCAAGCGUGGCGCCUGUGUUGGUGUCUUUCAGCAAAUCAUCGCCGGGCGGGAACCAAGGGACAGUGUGCGAGAGAUAGUCCAGCUGCUGAGGAACACCAGUAACCCACAAGUAGAGUACAUCACCAGAACCAUCAAGAAAUGGGCAAAGGACAACAGAGUCUCACUCAGCUAGAACAUACACCAAUCUGCUGACCAGCUUCUACUAUGUUUCAAUUAUAUUAUAGAAAGAAAGGAAAUACAUUUUUAUCAUAGGGUAUCAAGACAUUGGGACUUUCUGUUCAUUUUAGAAAAGAAAAUUUAUUAGAAUCUGAUAUCCAAGUAAAUUUUGUAACUUCUAUGGCUCAUUCCCUGACAUAUUGGAGAACAAUAUGAGCAUUGUACAUGUAUAUAUUUGCAUAUAAAAUAUUGUAUAUGAUGUAGGUUGUCAUCAUCUCUUCUUCUCAUAACUAUUAUUGGCAAUCUAGAAACUAUUUGGGGAUUGAUAUUCUCAUAACUUAAAAAAGUGGACAGUCUACCUGAAGGUAUCAAAAUUGUGUGUUUUUUAUUUCUUUCUUGGUCAGAUUGACAAAUAGGAGUUUUUGUGGGGUGAAUUCACAACAUUUUCAACAGUUGUAGUUGAAUCCACAAUGUAUAAAGCAUUGUAUUGCAGAUAUAAGAACAAAUUAAUUGAUGUAAGGUACAAUGUAUGGAUGUUCCCUUCCAUAGAUUUGUUGAAUGUUCUGUAUAAUUUACUUCAAGGAUUUGAUGCUAUCAGUCAUGCUGUAAAUAAAAUGUUCUGUACAGCAGUUUGAAACUUUGUAAUAAAGAUAGAACACAUUUUUCUUCAA